AGGGUCCCAGGACAGAGCAGUACCCACUAUGCUGCCCUGCCUCCCCCUGCUUCUCCUGAUGGGACUGUCGGCAGGCACUGUGACAGCUGACGAGGAACUGGCACUCGGAGCAGAGGCAGGGUCCUGGAUAACCUUGACCCUGGAGGAUGAUGGCAUUCACCUCCAGCUCCAGCAGGUGAAGAGGGGCAAAGCCAGCCAGUUCUUUGGGCUGAUGGGGAAGCGGGUGAGAGGAAUACCUCCCAUCCAGCCAGACAGAAGAACAGCUCCACCACCAGAGCAUCCUCAAGGACAAAUGGUGCAGGGCCUUGUGGACAGGGCGCAACUAUCUACAGAAGAACUCUUCCCAGGCAGAGAGGACGAGGACCGCAGGUCAGAGUGAGCACCCCCACUGCACCCUUCCUGGAGGACGAAAUGCCCAUCUCCUUCCCCGGACGAUAUAGCUGACAGCCGGCCAGGCCAACUCUCUUCUCGUGUGUCUCCUGUGCCCAACACUGGUGUGUCCCACCUGGCUUCCCUGAACUCACUGCAGUUCCUUCUAGAACUCUUGGUCCUAAGCCAUGGUGAUGCACACCUGCACCGUUGUUCAGUUGUGAGCUGCAGUGACCCUGCUCUCCCCCCGAGCUCAGCUCCCAUCUCACUGCUGAGCAGGGCCGAGUGCCACGCACUUCCAUGUCUCCUGUGCCUGGAACACAGGAGGGGCUCAAUAAAUGGACAAACAGUGAAUAGUUUCUUCUCUGGUGCAGAGCAGCGGGCAGGGAUGGUCGGGGUGCUACACCCUGCCGUAAACUGCAGAGCAGCAGAACGGGGCGGGGAUGGUGGUGCUUUUCCAGAACUGCAAAGGGAUAGUAAACAACCCUGGUCCCCACCCUCAGGCGGGAAAACAGGCUUGGGAUACAGGUAAGGACAGCCCCCA